UCUUCUCUCUUCCAUCUUCCAUCUUCUUCUUCCUUCACAUUUUUUCACUGAAACUCCCCUGACCCACAAGAACCCACCUUCUGUUUUCGUUCCGGCAAUCAUGAAAAAGUAGUUACACUCACUUAAGUGUAACUAACUAGUAGAAGAUCUCUUGAGCAACAAUAAUGCAGCUUAAAGUUGAGCUAUCAUUGUUGUUGUUUUUCCUCUUUUACUGUUACAUUGGUAGUUACACUAUCAGUGGAACUAAUAAUCUUAAUGAUGAAGUUUCGAUUCUUUUAUCGAUAAAAUCGAGCUUAGCUGAUCCACUUGACAGCUUAAAUGAUUGGAAUGUACCAAGCAGAGAUAAUUAUUCAGCUCAUUGCAGUUGGACUGGAGUCCACUGCAAUAAGCUCGGAUUCAUCGAGAAGCUCGAUCUUUCCCACAUGAACCUGAGUGGUAAGGUAUCGGAUGAUUUCCAACAGCUGAAUUCUCUGUCUGAUCUCAACUUAUGCUGCAAUGCGUUUUCAACAUUAUUACCAAAUUCUCUCACAAAUCUCACAUCAUUGAAGUUCUUAGAUGUGAGUCAGAAUCUGUUUUCGGGGACUUUUCCCUUGGGAUUUGGUAAGUUUGAUUCUUUAACAUAUUUAAAUGCUUCUGGAAAUAAUUUUGAGGGUGAUCUUCCUGUUGAUUUAAGCAAUGCUACUCUUCUUGAGACUCUUGAUCUUAGAGGAAGUUACUUCACGGGAUCAAUUCCUGCUUCUUAUAUGAACUUGAAGAAGUUAAAGUUCUUAGGCUUGUCAGGAAACAAUUUGACAGGCAAAAUUCCUCCUCAGCUUGGGGAGCUGACUUCUCUAGAAACCAUGAUUCUUGGAUACAACUUCAUUGAAGGAAGGAUUCCUAAAGAGUUUGGUAAUUUAACCAAUCUCAAGUACUUGGAUUUGGCAAUUGCCAAUCUUGGUGGUGAAAUCCCAGCUGAAUUAGGUUGGCUAGUUCAGCUUGAUACACUUUACUUGUAUAAAAACAGGUUAGAAGGUAAAAUCCCACCAACAAUUGGUAAUCUGUCAUCUCUAGUUUCGCUUGAUUUUUCUGAUAAUUUAUUAUCAGGGGAAAUCCCAGAUGAGAUAAGUGAAUUGAAGAACUUGCAGCUGCUAAACUUGAUGUUUAACAAGUUAACAGGCUCAGUCCCUUCUGGGAUUGGUAAGCUGCCUCAGUUGCAGAUUCUUGAGCUCUGGAAUAACUCACUUUCUGGGCCUUUGCCUAGUGAUCUUGGUACAAUAUCCCCCUUGCAAUGGUUGGAUGUUUCAUCCAAUUCAUUUUCGGGUGAAAUUCCGAAUGGAGUUUGUGAUCAAGGUAACCUGACUAAACUCAUUCUGUUCAAUAAUGCUUUUGAUGGUUCUUUACCAGCUAGCUUGUCUAAAUGUCAUUCACUAGUUCGUGUUCGAGCCCAAAACAAUCAACUUUCGGGUACUAUACCUUUGGGUCUUGGAAUAUUACCUAAGCUUCAAAGACUAGAACUAGCAAAUAAUAGUCUCACUGGUAGUAUUCCUUAUGAUCUUGCUUCUUCAUCUUCUCUCUCGUUUAUCGAUCUUUCAGGAAACUUCCUACAAUCUUCUCUACCCUCCACUAUUCUAUCCCUUGUCAAUCUCCAAACUCUCAUGGUCGCAGACAAUAAUUUAGGAGGCAAAAUCCCAGAUCAGAUUCAGGACUGCCCUUCACUUUCUGUUCUUGAUCUCUCAUCAAAUCAUUUCACUGGUACUAUCCCAGAAAGCAUAGCUUCCUGUCAGAAACUGGUAACUUUAAACCUUAAAGACAAUCAAUUAAAUGGUGAAAUCCCAGAUUCUAUUGCGAUGAUGCCUUCAUUGGCAGUUCUUGAUCUCUCCAACAACACCUUAACAGGCAAAAUCUCAGAACAUUUUGGUAGUUCACCAGCCUUAGAGAUGUUCAAUGUCUCACAUAACCAGCUUGUUGGUCCUGUCCCAGUAAAUGGUAUACUUAGGACUAUCAAUCCAUCUGAUCUAGCAGGAAAUGAAGGACUUUGUGGUGGGAUCCUUUCUCCUUGCUCCGUAAACUCACUCUAUAAAGCAGGGAAUAAAGAUCUCCGUAGCAAACGUAUCCUAACAGGAUGGGCAAUAGGGGUUUCUGUUGUUUUAGCUGUUGGGAUUGCGGCCCUAGGAACCCGCAUCAUAUACAAAAGAUGGUACUCAAAUGGAACAUGCUUUGAGAUGUAUGAUGAUAAUGGAAAUGGGGAGUGGCCUUGGAGGCUAAUGGCCUUCCAAAGGCUUGGAUUCACUAGCAAUGAAAUCCUCUCCUGUAUCAAGGAGGCAAAUGUGAUCGGAAUGGGAGCCACCGGAAUAGUCUACAAGGCUGAGGUAACUCGGUUGAACACAAUUGUGGCAGUCAAGAAGCUGUGGAAAGCAAAGACUGACAUUGAGGCAGGGAACAGGGGUGAUGAUCUUGCAGGGGAGGUGAACCUUCUAGGAAAAUUAAGACAUAGGAAUAUUGUAAGAUUAUUGGGAUAUCUUCAUAAUGAUAAGGAAGUUAUGAUUAUAUACGAGUACAUGCACAAUGGAAACCUUGGAGAUGCUUUACAUGGAAGAGAAGCCGGAAAGUUGUUAGUAGAUUGGGUAUCAAGAUAUAACAUUGCAGUUGGAGUUGCUCAAGGGCUUGUCUAUCUUCACCAUGAUUGUCAUCCUCCAGUCAUUCACCGUGAUGUUAAAUCAAACAAUAUAUUGCUUGAUGCCAAUCUAGAAGCAAGAAUUGCCGAUUUUGGAUUGGCCAAGAUGAUGGUCAAGAACAACGAAACUGUCUCUAUGAUUGCUGGUUCUCAUGGCUACAUAGCCCCUGAGUAUGGAUACUCUUUAAAAGUCGAUGAGAAGAGUGAUAUCUACAGCUAUGGGGUGGUCCUGUUGGAGCUUAUAACCGGAAAGAGGCCGAUUGACAAAGAAUUCGGAGAUUCAAUAGAUGUUGUAGGGUGGAUACGAAACAAAGGAAGAAACAACAGACCUUUAGAAGAAGCACUUGAUCCUAGCUUAGCAGGAGACAGUAAACAUGUCCAAGAAGAGAUGUUACUAGUGCUCAGAAUCGCGCUCCUUUGCACCGCAAAAGCACCAAAGGAUCGACCAUCAAUGAGAGAUGUGAUCUCAAUGCUGGGAGAAGCAAAGCCUAGGAGGAAAAGCAGUAGUAAUAGUGUAACUACAGCUAACAUAGACAAGAGUCAACCUGUUUUUACCACUUCUCCUGUAAAUGGCAUCAUAUAGUUUAAGCCCUAUAGAGAUCAAAAUUUAAUCUCUAUUGCGUCUUUAAGAGUCCUGCAUAUUCCUACUUGUAACUUUGUAUGUAGCAAUUAUUAAUACGCACUUUAAUUUUAUAAUUGUUUCUGCUUAAUUUUGUAAGCAGAUUGAACUUGAUGCUCUCAAGGAGUAUAUAUACUAUUCUUAAAAGA